AAACCCAGCAUUCACAAUAGGACUUAGUCUGGGAAAGGCAGGGGACAGGGUGGGGUGGGAGCACCAAGCAUUCGAAGUGACCCAAGUCCGUCCACCUCAGAGCCAUAUUCUUCAAGUGGAGAUAGAACACAGGAGAGCAGUGUUCUGGACACACAAAAAGCUUAAAAUGGGGCCUUGGCCUGUGUGAUGGGAAAAUACCAUGGAAGUGAAGACAAGGUGAGAGAGUGGAAAGACCUGGCAACGUGGGGAGCAUAAAACAAGGACUCGUGUUGAGAAUAAACCGCCACUGUUGUGGAGUCCUUACAGAGGGGAUGCUGGGGGCCGUGUGAAAAUGAACACAUUAAAAAACAGCAUCACAGGCGAGUCUCACAGACUAAACGUUGAGUGAAGAAAGCCGGACAUAAAAGGUGUGCACCAUGAUUCCAUUGAUAGGGGAUUUGCUGAGUGAAAUAGCACAUGCAGAGGUUGUGUGUGAUGGGGGUCUAUUUCUGCUUAGACAAGAUACAAAAGCUUAGCUGGUGUUGCUCAAUGGUUGAGCAUUGACUUAUGAGCCAUGAGGCCAGCCCACAAUUCCCGGUCAGGGCACAUGCCCAGGUUUUGGGCUUGAUUCCCAGUAGGGGGCGUGCAGGAGGCAGCCAAUUGAUGAUUCUCUCUCAUCACUGAUGUUUUAUCUCUCCCUCUCUCUCUGAAAUCAGUAAAAAUAAAAAGGGCCCUAGCUGGUUUUGCUCAGUGGAUAGAGCGUCGGCCUGUGGACUGACGGGUCCUAGGUUCAAUUCCUGUCAAGGGCACAUGCCUGGGUUGGGGGCUCAAUCCCCAGUCGGGGCAUGCAGGAGACAGCCGAUCAAUGAUUCUCAUCAUUGAUGUUUCUAUCUCUCUUUCCCCCUCUCCCUCUCUGAAAUCAAUUUUAAAAAUAUGUUUAAAAAUUAAGUCAAUUAAAAUAAUGAAAAACGCAAUUUCAUGUUUGCUAUGGUCUGGAUGAACUAUUUCAUUCAAAAAUGCAACUGUGUGCUCAAUGGUUAGAGCGUUCUCAAACCAAAGGGUUGCAGGUUUGAUCCCCAGCUAUCUUUCUCUCUCUCCUUUCCUUCUCCCCCUACCUUCCACUCUCUCAAAAAUUCAAUGGAAAAAAUAUUCAAGUGAGAUUAACCUAAAUAAAUAAAUACACAUGUUUCCAAGAAGGUAAUUAUUUGUAUAUUUUUUGCAACACUGUAGCAAAGACUUGGAAGUAACAGAAAUUAAUGGGUAAGUGAAGUUGAUACAUUUAUACCAGGAAAUACUAUGCAGCUGUCAAAAUGAAUGAGUAUGGCUAAGAAUCAAUUUGAAUAGCUUACAAUAAUUUGAUAUUGAGUGGGAAAAAAACAUUGCAGAAUGCUGUAUGUAUGGUAUUAAACAAUGUAGGUAAUGUUUAAUCACAAACGGAACAGACAGAGUUAACCAUUCUUAAGCACCUAUGUGCCAGGUGCCUAAUUUAAUGCCCACAGGAACCCACUGAGCUAGUUACUAAUUAUGGUUUCUCCUCACAGAGUAGGAAACUGAGGCUCCGUGAGGCACAGCCCCACACAGGACCCCACAGCUGGAGGCCCCUCAGCCCCCCCAGGUCCCUCCCUGCCGGGCCGCCCUGGGAAUUGGCUGCCCAGGCCGGGCCUUCAGGCCUGGGCCGGAAUCCUGAGCUGGCGCUGGGCAGGAGGCCGUGUAACUCCAGCCGCUGCUCCCGCCCCUGCCCGCCCCUCCUUCACCUCAGCCUCUGCUGAGCUGCCCACAAUGCCUCCCAUUCAGCCCUGUCCCCGCUGCCAGGCCUGCAGGCGGGGAGGGGGCUCCUGCCAGCAUCCAGACAGGGACAGACGCAGCCUUUCCCUUGUGCUGCUGCUCUUCCAGGCUGGACUGCCCAUGAGACGGCAUGGAGGGUCCCCAAAGCAUCUCCUCGGUCCUGCUGCUGUUUCUGCUGCUGCCCCUGGGCCCAACUGGGCACACAGCCGCCCAGCGCUGCCCACAGACCUGCGUCUGUGACAACUCCAGGCGGCAUGUGGCCUGCCGGCACCAGAACCUCACUGAGGUGCCCAACGCCAUCCCUGAGCUGACCCAGCGGCUGGACCUCCAGGGCAACCUGCUGAAGGUGCUCGGCCCCGCCGCCUUCCAGGACCUGCCUUACCUGACCCACCUGGACCUGCGGCACUGCCAGGUGGAGCUGGUGGCCGAGGGUGCCUUCCGCGGCCUGGGCCGCCUGCUCUUCCUCAACCUGGCCUCCAACCGCCUGCGCGCGCUGCCCCAGGAGGCGCUGGACGGGCUGGGCUCCCUGCGGCGGCUGGAGCUGGAGGGGAACCUGCUGGAGGAGCUGCGGCCGGGGACCUUCGGGGCGCUGGGCGCACUGGUCACCCUCAACCUGGCGCACAACGCCCUCGUCUACCUGCCCGCCAUGGCCUUCCAGGGGCUGCUGCGCACCCGCGGCCUGCGGCUGGCCCACAACGCGCUCAGCGUGCUGGCCCCCGAGGCGCUGGCCGGCCUGCCCGCCCUGCGCAGGCUCAGCCUGCACCACAACGAGCUGCAGGCCCUGCCCGGCGCGGCUCUGUCCCAGGCCCGCGGCCUGGCGCGCCUGGAGCUGGGCCACAACCCCUUCACGUACGCGGGCGAGGAGGACGGGCUGGCCCUGCCCGGCCUGCGGGAGCUGGUGCUGGACCACGGCGCCCUGCAGGCCCUGGACGCCCGGGCCUUCGCCCACUGCCCGCGCCUGCACACCCUGGACCUCCGCGGGAACCAGCUGGACACGCUGCCGCCGCUGCAGGGCCCGGGGCAGCUGCGCCGGCUGAGGCUGCAGGGGAACCCGCUGUGGUGCGGCUGCCAGGCCCGGCCGCUGCUCGAGUGGCUGGCGCGGGCGCGCGUGCGCUCCGAUGGCGCGUGCCGGGGCCCCCGGCGCCUGCGGGGCGAGGCCCUGGACGCCCUGCGGCCCGCAGACCUGCGCUGCCCCGGGGACCCGGCCGAGGACCCGGACGAGGACGAGGAGCCGGCGGCCGCGCGGCCCCGCGCCCCUCCGGGCCCCGCGGAGGAGGACGGCGCGGCCCAGCCCUGCCCGCGCGCCUGCGUGUGCGCCUCCGCGUCCCGGCACAGCAGCUGCGAGGGCCGAGGCCUGCAGGCCGUGCCCCGCGGCUUCCCCGGCGACACCCAGCUCCUGGACCUGCGGCGGAACCGCUUCCCGGCGGUGCCCCGCGCGGCCUUCCCGGGCCUGGGCCAGCUGGUGUCGCUGCACCUGCAGCACUGCGGCAUCGCGGCGCUGGAGGCGGGCGCCCUGGCCGGGCUGGGCAGCCUGCUGUACCUCUACCUCUCCGACAACCAGCUCUCGGGCCUGGGCGCCGCCGCCCUGGAAGGGGCCCCGCGCCUGGGCUACCUGUACCUGGAGCGCAACCGCUUCCUGCAGGUGCCGGGGGCCGCCCUGCGCGCCCUGCCGCGCCUCUUCUCCCUGCACCUGCAGGACAACGCGGUGGAGCGCCUGGCGCCCGGGGACCUGGCGGGCGCGCCGGCCUUGCGCUGGCUCUACCUGAGCGGGAACCGCCUCUCCCAGGUGUCCCCCGGCGCCCUGGGCCCCGCCCCGGAGCUGGAGAAGCUGCACCUCGACGGCAACCAGUUGCGAGAGGUGCCCACGGGGGCCCUGGAGGGGCUGCCUGCCCUCCUGGAGCUGCAGCUCUCGGGGAACCCGCUCAGGGCCCUGCGGGAUGGCGCCUUCCAGCCUGUGGGCCGGUCGCUGCAGCACCUCUUCCUGAACAGCAGUGGCCUGGAGCAGGUUUCUCCCGGGGCCUUCUCAGGCCUGGGGCCCCGGCUGCAGAGCCUCCACCUGCAGAAGAACCAGCUGCAGGCCCUGCCCGCCCUGCCCGAGCUCAGCCAGCUGGAGCUGGUCGACCUCAGUGGCAAUCCCUUCCGCUGUGACUGCCAGCUGCUCCCACUUCACAGGUGGCUCACUGGGCUGAACCUGCGCGUGGGGGCCACCUGUGCCGCCCCGCCCAGUGCCCGCGGCCAGAGGGUGAAGGCUGCAGUUGCUGUCUUUGAAGCCUGCCCGAGCUGGGCUUCCAGGAAGGCCAAGGGCCCCAGUGCCCGGAGAACCCGCGUGAAGGGGAGUCGGCGGGGAGCAGACAAGGUGGGGAAGGAGAGGCGCCGCCCCUGAGCCCUGCCGCAGGCCGCCCUGCCCGCCAGCCCGCCCUGGGCUCUUACUCUCAUCGGGAGCGGCCCCUGCCGAGACCUUCUCUGUGGCCCGUGGGUCCUCAUCCAGCAGGGGCUUCUUGGACCCCUGUCUCAGGGGCCGCGUCUUGGUCGGUGGCAUUCUUUUCCCUUUGAAUAAAAUCGGAAUUAAACCCGG